AUGAAUUUCAAUACACAAGAUAAGAAUAUUCUUAUACGUCGAAUUUUUGCACAUUUUCGUGAUCGCUCAGAGAAAGAUAAACCUUUGUACGAAUACGAAUCAAUACUCAUCGGAAUUAUCAAAUGCAAUACACAAUUUUCGUCAACUGAUAAUGAGAUAAUAAGAAAUGAAAUCAAUGAAAAAUUUUAUUGUCAACUGUUUACGAAAUUAAAACAUAAUGAUCAAACAGUUUAUGAAUUAAAUUCAUGUUAUCAAAUACGUCGUGCUCUAGCCGAAAAGAUAAUAACUGAAGAUGAUUGUGAUACUGGUUGUAAAAUAUGGGAAAAUCAAAAAAAACUUAAUGCGUCACUUCGUCAUAGUAAGAAAAUAUUAAAAUUAUCGAUUGACAGUAUUACCGACUUACCAUUGCCAAAAGCAGUAUGGAAUUAUGACAGCAGUCAAUUUGGUUCUAAUUUGUCAUUUCAAAGUGCCAUUCGUAUUGUCGAUCGUUUUAUUCAUCAUCCGAUUAUGAAAAAAUUAUUCGUUCCAUUUUCGGUGCAAACACCAUUAUAUGAAUAUAAAGAACCAACACAACAACUUCUUGAUGUUGUAAUUAAACAAUUGGAAAAGCCUCCAACUAUUGUAGUUCUCACUGAUGCAGCAAUCAAACGACAUGUGGGUUCAAAAGCUUAUGGUAUGUUCAAAUGCGUGAAAAAUGAUCACAAUUCUAACACGAUUUAUUUAAAUUCUAAAUUGGUGGAACAUGCUGAAGAAAAUAUGACAGUCGAACGGACAAAAAAUUUUGCGGUGUUACUUGCCAUUAAAAUAUUGCAUGAAAUGGUUCAUUGGUUAUUCUAUCAUCUUGUUGGCAAGUUAAAUGGUAAUAUGGAUAUACCAGCAACACCUACUCAACGUGCCGAAAGUGGAAACGGUUUUGAAAUUUUAGUAACUAAUUUUAUUAUGGAAAUGAAGAAGACACCGCAACAUUUCGGGUAUUUAAAGUCUUAUCAAAUUAUUGACGAAACAGCUUUCUGGAUUCAUCCAGAAAUAUGUGGACUACGAUGUUGGGGACUGAACAAUAACAAAUCUUCAGUAUUUUUCCAAUUAAAAUCGUGUUAUGUGAGUGAAAAUCAAGCAGUAAUUGACGUAGAACCAAUCACAUUCGUAUUAAAUACAACAUCUAGUGAUGAUGAUGAUGAUGAUGAUGAUAGAAAAUGUCGUGUUUUUCACCAGAAAAAUUCUUGUAAAGUAAAAUAA